UGGUCGAAUGAGGAAUGAGGCGUAUUCCUACAAUAGCAGUAUAUCCAAAAGGUGUUUCAUAUGUUCUCCGACGUGGCCAGGCACAAAGUACUCGUAUCUGUCCCCUGCAAUAAAUACUUAGCCGCUCGUGGCGAAUAAUGCGCGUCUCAUAUGUCGUUGGAACUUUGCCUGGCCAGACGCUGAAGGCGAAGAUCGUCCACUACUAAGGAAAGCCGGCGGCCAUCUCGACCAUCAUCCAGCCUGUUCCUUGUCAUGUCUUCUCGCUCCACAUCCAUUCCACAUCGAACUUCAAUAUCAUCGGCCACUUCUUCGACACCUUCACAGUCGUCUCACUCACAUCCACGACCACAACAACCUCACAAACUCACUGCACAAGAACUCGCAGACCGGGUCAUUUCUCCACGCUCGAUCCUCUUCCAGUACGGCUCUACCCCGCCUCCAAGACCACAAGUGCGCAGACAGUACACGGAGAUGGAUAGGAGGCACCCCAGCUCCUUUCAGCAGUUGGAGAAGCUAGGUGAGGGGACGUAUGCCACGGUAUACAAAGGCCGAAAUCGCCAGACAGGUGAACUGGUCGCACUCAAAGAGAUUCACCUUGACUCAGAAGAAGGCACACCUUCGACUGCGAUCCGAGAGAUUAGUUUGAUGAAAGAGUUGAAACAUGAGAAUAUUGUCACGUUAUAUGAUGUUAUUCACACCGAGAACAAACUCAUGCUGGUCUUUGAGUAUAUGGACAAAGAUCUGAAAAAGUACAUGGAUGCACGUGGAGAUCGAGGACAGCUGGAUCAGGUCACAAUCAAGAGAUUCAUGCAGGACUUGUUGAGAGGAACUGCCUUUUGCCACGAGAACCGAGUACUCCAUCGCGACCUGAAACCCCAGAACCUGCUCAUCAACACUAAGGGCCAGCUAAAGUUGGCUGACUUUGGUCUGGCGAGAGCGUUCGGCAUCCCAGUCAACACCUUUAGCAACGAAGUGGUGACGCUAUGGUAUCGGGCGCCGGACGUGCUGUUGGGAUCCAGGACAUACAACACUAGCAUUGAUAUCUGGUCAGCAGGUUGUAUCAUGGCCGAGAUGUACACUGGUCGACCUCUCUUUCCCGGAACGACGAAUGAAGACCAACUGCAGAAGAUCUUCCGGCUGAUGGGCACACCGUCAGAACGGACAUGGCCUGGAAUUUCGCAACUGCCGGAGUACAAGAGCAAUUUUCCUUCGUACGCCACGCAGUCACUCGGCAUUCUCCUGCCGCAAAUCGACUCACUGGGACUCGAUUUGUUGAGCAAACUGCUGCAACUGAGACCCGAGAACCGUAUUAGCGCACAGGAUUCUCUCAGACAUCCAUGGUUUCAGGAUUUGCCCAACUAUGCUGGUCAAGGCAGGGCUCAGGUCAGUGCCACUAUGCAUCAACCACAACAAUUGGCUCAUCAAGGAGGAGGAGUCGGAGGAUAUGGCGCACAGCCUGGUAUGGUGGGACAUGGUGGCUAUUGAUGAUCUUGAUGGUCAAAACUUUUCGCAGCGUUGAACGACUACGAGACAGGCACAAGGGGUGCGGACAUGUGCAAUGAGCCUGAAGAGAAGGACGGCAUUGAAGUCCCAGAGCAUCGGGAACCGAAUUAGGAAUUGUGAUACCCUCAUAUUUGGCGAAAAACGUAUUGGCAUAAACAUGGUGUUAAGGCUUCAGUCGUUACAUGCAAAGGCCUUCUAUCUUGUUCUGAGCCCUUGAGAGUAGAAAAGUAUCUGAAUCAUGGGUACCUACAGUACCUCCUACUCAUACAGACCCUUCAAUGUCAAUACGAGAGUGCUGGGAGGAGGGUGAGCGUUAAACCGGCGGGACCGGACAGUAAUGUCGGGACAUUUUUUCGAGCUCCGUGCG